CUUGAAUCCCUCGAAGUGGUGCAGGGUUCGGUUUAGAGGACAUCACGGAAGGUUACUGGAUCCGAGUCGGGUAAGCUGCGAAACACCGGCGAUCGCCUAAAUCUUAGAAAGCGCAAUCGGGUUUUAGCGCGAUUAUUAUCCCAGCAUGACUGAUUCCGUGGUGGACUCGAAGUCGGAGGUGAAGCAGGCCAGUAAAGAAUUUAAGGAGAGCGAGAAUGUGGCGGAGAAGUACUCGGCGCUGACUGUGAGCAAGAAGAGCGAGCCGAGCGCAGGCGAGCUGCCCGCCGCAUUCACUGCGGUCAGCACUCACAAGAGCCUCAAGAAGCAGAUUCAGUUCGCCAAUCAAGAAGAUAAGCAGGAGUUCAGCAAGUUCCCAACUAAGACGGGCCGCCGCUCGCUGUCCAGAUCCAUCUCCCAGUCCUCCACGGACAGCUACAGCUCUGCUGCUUCAUACACAGACAGCUCAGAUGAUGAGACAUCUCCUCGAGAGAAGACUCAGGUCAACUCUAAAGGUAGCAGUGACUUCUGUGUCAAGAACAUAAAACAGGCUGAGUUUGGCCGUAGGGAGAUCGAGAUUGCAGAGCAAGAUAUGUCUGCUCUGAUCUCAUUGAGAAAGAGGGCUCAAGGAGAGAAGCCUCUCGCCGGGGCCAAAGUGGUCGGCUGCACCCACAUCACUGCACAGACAGCAGUCCUCAUUGAGACAUUGGUGGCUUUGGGUGCUCAGUGUCGUUGGGCUGCGUGUAACAUCUACUCCACUCAGAAUGAGGUGGCUGCUGCCCUGGCAGAAAUGGGAGUGGCUGUUUUUGCUUGGAAAGGAGAGUCCGAGGAUGAUUUCUGGUGGUGUAUUGAUCGCUGUGUAAACACCGAAGGCUGGCAGGCAAACAUGAUCUUGGAUGAUGGUGGUGACCUCACACACUGGGUAUAUAAAAAGUACCCCAGCGUCUUUAAGAAGAUCCAAGGCAUUGUGGAGGAGAGCGUUACUGGAGUUCAUAGACUCUACCAACUCUCUAAAGCUGGAAAACUGUGUGUCCCUGCCAUGAAUGUCAAUGACUCUGUCACUAAGCAGAAGUUUGACAACCUUUACUGCUGCAGGGAGUCCAUCUUGGAUGGUCUUAAGAGAACCACAGAUGUGAUGUUCGGAGGGAAGCAGGUGGUGGUUUGUGGUUAUGGAGAGGUGGGAAAGGGUUGCUGCUCUGCUCUGAAAGCUUUGGGAGCCAUUGUUUGUGUAACUGAGAUUGACCCUAUUUGUGCCCUCCAGGCCUGCAUGGAUGGCUUUAAAGUUGUCAAGCUGAAUGAAGUUGUGCGUCAAAUGGACAUGGUGAUCACGUGCACAGGAAAUAAAAACGUGGUAACCCGAGAGCAGCUGGAUCGCAUGAAGAACGGCUGCAUUGUGUGUAAUAUGGGGCACUCGAACACAGAGAUUGAUGUGGCAAGUCUCAGGACACCAGAGUUGACGUGGGAGAGAGUGCGCUCUCAGGUAGACCAUGUCAUCUGGCCUGAUGGGAAACGGGUCAUCCUGCUGGCAGAGGGGCGGCUUUUGAACUUGAGCUGUUCCACCGUGCCCUCGUUUGUGCUUUCCAUCACAGCCACAACGCAGGCUCUUGCAUUAAUAGAGCUGUACAAUGCACCAGAGGGCCGCUACAGACAGGAUGUUUACCUGCUGCCCAAGAAGAUGGAUGAAUAUGUGGCUAGUUUGCAUCUGCCUAACUUUGAUGCUCACCUUACGGAAUUGUCAGAUGAACAGGCCAAGUAUAUGGGCCUUAACAAGAAUGGACCUUUUAAGCCAAACUACUACAGAUAUUAGUUUGUACGAGUGACAAAGACCUUCAUCUGGGAUGAAGAGACCUGCAUUAUUCAACGAGCCAAGAGAUUUAUUUUCUAUUUACUGUCCAUUUCUAAAAGAAAAACGAAACCUUGAUUUUAAGUGAAUGUUAUUAUACUGUCCUUAGACAUCCAAUAAUUGAUUGUCAUACCUAUAGCUAUACCCAUAAUUAUAGUCUUCUAGCACUUCAUUAGAGUAACUUAUUCUGUAUUGAUUUGUUAUAUUUAAAUCAUAUUAUAAGAGGACCAUGUCUUUUAAACUGUGCCAUGUAUGGGUGGUGGUGAAGAGAUCUUGGGAACAUGUUCCGGGACAAUAAUCCUAUUUUUCACUUUGUUGUCAUUUUAGUUCUUAUAUUAUAUGUGUUGUGUGCAUAAUCCUUAUGCUAAUGAAAAACCAAAAACAAAAAAGUCCACACACUGAAUUGUGAACCAAUAAUUAUCUCAUAAUUAUUACUCAUCCCCCUGACAAAACACAUUUUGUGGAUCAAAUCAUUAAUAAUAAUAAAUUUUUGGGGGUAGGAUUUUUUUUUUUUAAAUAAAUGCUUUUCUAGCACUUUUAUCAUUGUAAUAUGCAAACCAUUUUUUUUCUAAAUAAUAUUUUUAAAAACAUACAUAAGAGUCCUAUAGAAUUAUUUCAGGCCUACUUUGUCUUUGCUAUACAGUACUGUGCAAAAGUUUUAUGCACUCUGUGUUUUUAUUAUGAACUUCAUUAUAGAUAUUACUUUAUUACUGAGUGAGUACGAAAUCAAUCUGAUUUUCAAAUAUCAUUACUCAACCACAAAAUUAAAAGUAACAAAAAAUAUUUGUAUGUCUGAAAAAAGCAGCAUAUUAUAUGAGCGACCACUUUUUUGACAAAGAAGAAAAAAAGAAGGCUGCUAAGUUUUAAAUACAAAAGGAAGCAGGUGCAACAGCCAAAGUCCUCAGAAAAGCUGUGCAUGGUACUUAGUAAAAAUUAGUGGCCAAUUUCCUCAAAAAACUGCACAAAUUGUAUGUGACACUCAAGGGUCUUCAAAGUGUUGUCACACAAAAUACUGACUUUGUUUCAUUAAUUACUGUUUAUAUAUAUAUAUAUAUAUAUAUAUAUAUAUAUAUAUAUAUAUCAAAUUAUAAAAUUAAUUUUUUGAAGGCCUUUCUGCUCUACAGUCUUUAUUUGCAUGUACGUAAAACUUUGGCGCAGUACUGUAUGUUUAUUACUCCCAAGGGCUAGAAUGCUUAGAUGCUGGAUACACACUUAUAAACACUGGGAGUAUUAGAACAAUACACAGCCUGCAUGACAUUUAUACGGCCUCCUCCAACAUUAUUUAAAUAAUAUUUUGUGGCCUUUAGCAAAAUUUUUGUUUUCUAAUUAUAAUUACUAGUUCAGCAAGUUCAUUACUAUCCAGUAAUAGUAAUGACAAUUAUUAAUUAUCAUUAUUAAUAGUAACGAUAAUUACUGUUAGUAAUUAGACUUAUCUCAGCCAAGCACUUUUGCACCAGGCAAUUAUGCUAAUUUUUGCUACCUAAAUUUUAAGUAAUUUUUGCAGGCAAACAUUAGUGACAUCUUAGUGUCUAAAUAUACACACACUUACAAAACAAUAUAAAAAAUCAGUGAAAUGAUCUUAAACAAAUACUAUCACUGUGAUUGGGUAGGCCUGCACAUUUAACUACCAGUUCUAACUUGUUAAUGUGUUUUUCUUUUAUUAAAUAACAUUCCCUGCCUUGUUUAUCAUUAAAUGUUUGUUCUGUUCCAAAUCUGAA